AUGUUGUUGGAACACAGAAAGACGCAGAACGAAGAAGCAGAAGAAGAGCAAGAACUGUCGGAAGAUUUCAUGAAAACCCUUAACUACACACAGACGUUUGGUCGAUAUAAAAACAGAGCAACCAUCGCUCAAGUUAGAAAACCCUUUACUACACACAGAAGUUUGGUCUAUAUAAAAACAGAGAAACUAUCGCUCAAGUUAGAAGGUAACAGAAUGAAAUUAAUUCAAUGCUGAUAUAAGUACAAAGAAAGCUCAGAGUAAGAAAAUACUUAACUAUUUAACCACCAUGGUCUUAUUGUUAAUUCUCCCCUCUAGCCGUUACACAUUUCCUUUUAAAUUAGUUUCGAGAAUUUGGUGUUAGAUCAAGAUUUAUAACAUCUACCUGAUAAGUUUGAGUAUCCUCAUUACCUGUUUGCUUGAUAAUGUAUGGAUGUUAUAGGGAAAGUUACAUUUUUAUCACUUGUGGGAGUUUAAGGGCCAGAAAAAAGAUCUUUCCAUGACAUGCUGGCCAAUUCUAUAAGUAAAACAAAAGAGUGUUAUGCUUGUAAAUCAAAGACAAUCUUCUCAGACAUUAAGAGCAACUGAUCAGUGAUGCUAGACUGAUCAAGACUAUUUGUGCAUUAGAGGUGUGUAAAAAAGGAGAUUUUAGUUUAUAUAAUAAGCUGAAUUUUACACGCAUUUGAUUGGUUCUUUCUUAUGAUCUAUUAUUAGCAACAUCUUGCUUUUCUAUCAAAGAGAGAUUCCAUGUUGCCAUGGCUCUGUUAAGUAAUAGAUCACAGAACACAUCAAAACAUAAUAACAUCAGUGAUAUUCUGUUGUGCUUCAUGAGCCACUUUCUUAGUAGAAGAGGAUUCAGGCUUGUGAAUCGCUGCCAAUGCAGAGGUAAGCUGUAUAAUAAGUGAUUUCAAUUCUUGUAAUAUGCUUACUUUCUUUCUUUAGAGUAGUGACCUCUGUAAACAGCCACCUUCUCUCAUCUGCCAGUUAGUUUUACCCCAGACUGAUUGUCGCGAUGAAGUUCAACCUUAUUUUCAGUUUCUGACAAUCCAAACUUCUUGUUAUAGUUUGCUAGGCAAGAAGAAACUGCACAAGUUUGAACUGGCCUGUUUGGCUAAUUUAUGUCCUGAAACAUCAGAAGAAGCUAAGGCCUUGAUUCCAAGGUUAGUGUUUACCUUUCAGACCCUAGCAUCAGUAUGCAUGUUCUCCAUACUGUUCUUUCUACAUUGUCUGUGGAAUUAAUAAGGAGAAUUUGUUUAACAGUCAAAUGUUUGUUUAGUGAGGGAUCACUUGCCUUUUUCUUUACACCUUAUGUUGUUAUUUGGCAGUGAUACUGCAAAGAGAAAUUAGAUGCCAGUCAUUCCCAGGAAUAGAGGUUUAACCCUUUAACUCCCAUGAAUGACCAAGACAGAAUUUCUCCUUACAAUAUCAACACAUUAUCAAGCAGACAGGUGGAGAGAAUAAAGAAAAAUAUCAAUUAGGGGAUUAUUAGUUGACCCAAACACAAAUUCUCCUAACUAACAUUACAAGAAUUGUACUGGAGACAGUAAGGAGAAUUUCUUAGAUCUCGGGAGUGAAAGGGUUUAAAAUCCUUGUUUCACUGCAUACACAUUGCUCGCAUUUUUCCUUACCCCUAAAGGACUUGGGAAAAUACUAUGCAACUGGUAAAAUAUCCCCCCCCAUAGUGUUUUUAAACGGGUCAAAUACUGUGUAUUAAAACCCAUCGUCUAUGAUGAUAAGCACUUGCUCAAUUUGUUACAGAAAGUUUUCUAUUCUAAACUCUCUUUUUCAGCUUAGAGGAAAGGUUUGAUGAUGAUGACCUUCAGCAACUACUGGCUGACAUUCAGACACCUAGAAUUGUCUAUUACUAG